UAUCCCCCGCUGAAGUUUUUCGCAACGGUCCGGUUGAUUCGGCGCGCGCAUGUCUCGCUCUUUCGCGUAAUCGCGUUUUUAUUCCCAAGUUUGCAAUAAAUAAUGGCUUCGACUGCAGAUUCGAAGCAAACUGAAUUAAACGGUGAUAUGUCCUCUUGCUCGUGUCCGUGUAAAAAAUCCAAAAUGGAAAAUAAAGUGACUGUUGUGUUGGGUGCUCAAUGGGGCGACGAGGGUAAAGGAAAAGUGGUGGAUCUGCUCGCUAUUAAUUCCGACAUCGUUUGCCGCUGCCAGGGCGGGAACAAUGCGGGCCACACAGUCGUUGUCGACGGCAAGGAGUUCGACUUCCACCUGCUGCCCAGUGGGAUCAUCAACCAGAAAUGCAAGUCCGUUAUUGGCAACGGCGUGGUCAUCCACCUGCCUGGUCUCUUCGAGGAGCUCAAGAAGAACGAGCUGAAGGGCAUGCAGGGCUGGCAGGAGAGGCUCAUCAUCUCCGACAGGGCACACUUGGUUCUGGACUUGCAUCAGCAGGUGGACGGCUUGCAAGAGGCGGAGAAGGGUAAGAACUCCCUCGGCACCACCAAAAAGGGCAUCGGGCCGACCUACUCGUCGAAGGCAUCCAGAAACGGCAUCAGGAUAGGCGACCUGAUGGGGGAUUUCAGCUUGUUUGAAGAAAAGUUCCGCACGCUAGCCGAAAGCUACAAACGCAUGUUCCCAUCACUAGAAGUGGACGUGGAAGCCGAGCUGAGCAGAUACAAGGAAUACGCCGACAAGAUUCGGCCUCUAGUACGGGACACGGUGUCGUACCUCCACAAGGAGAUUCAGAACGGCAGCCGGGUGCUGGUGGAAGGCGCUAACGCGGCCAUGUUGGAUAUAGACUUUGGUACUUACCCGUACGUGACGUCAUCGAACUGCAGCAUCGGCGGCGUGUGCACUGGUCUGGGUCUCCCACCGAAGGUGAUCGGAGACGUGCUCGGCGUCGUCAAGGCUUACACGACUCGUGUGGGCGACGGGCCCUUCCCUACCGAGCUAAAUGACGAGACAGGACAGCUCCUUCAAUCCAGAGGUCACGAGGUGGGCGUGACGACGAAGCGCGUGCGACGCUGCGGCUGGCUGGACCUCGUCGUAGUCAAGUAUACCGCCGUCGUCAACGGAUACACCUCGAUAUGUCUAACGAAACUAGACAUUUUGGACACGCUAAAAGAAAUCAAAAUAGGCGUGGCCUACAAAUUGAACGGCAAGAAGAUUGAUUACUUCCCCUCGUCGAUGACGGAGCUGAGUAAUGUUGAGGUGGAGUACGUGACGAUGCCGGGCUGGGCGUGCAGCAUAGAGGAGGUGCGGCAGAUGGACCGGCUGCCCGAAGCCGCGUGCGCCUACGUCAAGGCCAUCGAGAACUUCCUGCAGAUACCUGUACAAUACAUCGGCGUGGGCCCCGGCCGUGACAGCAUUAUCAGCGCGGAAUAACUUGCUGCGCGUACGCCGCUCACGCGCUGCCGUAGGGAAAUACCCGGUUUGUACGAGAUGUCGAUAGAAAUACACCCAGAGAGUCGAUUCGAGUCAUUCAAGAACUUUUCUUAAAGAAUUUGAGUCAGAAUCGACUGAUUUGGUCGUCCUAUUUAAUUAUAACAACUUUUCCUAUUGGUAGCUGUGUAUGAUCCGAAUUUUAGUUCCCUCAUUCGGAUGGGUUUUUGAAUUUAUUUUUGAAGAUAAAAUUUAAUAAGUGUGCCUGAUACUGUUGUUGCACCAAUAAAUCAUAAUUAUGUCAUUUGUUUUUGAAAUUAUGACAAGUUAAGUUUAAAAACAUACUGUUGAUAUGUUGAUACUGUACUAGGACAGCUAAGACCAGUCUCAAUCGAUAUACAUCUUCAAUUGUGAUUUGUAAGAAUGCUAAAUAGAAAUGGGAAAAUGCCGUUUCGACUUUUAAGACGAUUCGAAAACGGCUUUGCAAGUUUCUACUUCAAUAUCGAAUCUAUACCAGCGGUAUUUCUCUACACUCAGUCAAGUUAUGUCAAUACUAGGUUGUUCUGUUCAUUUACUAGAUUUUGUAUCUUCAUCUACUCAUAAGCAAUAUCAUAGAUAACCGGUGCUUACUUAUGGUGAAAUAGUCUAUAAAAUCUAAUGCGAUUUUUAAAGUAAAUGACAUCAGUAUUUAAUCUUUUUCAUUGUCAAUUAUUUCAAACCAAGUUGUUUGAUGUUUGGAUGGUAAACUUUAAUCUUUUUACUAGGUUUUUUAAUCUAAUCAAUUUAUAUUGUCCUAUUGUUUGAUAUUUUUUGCUAGUAUCUAUGACAUUAUUUGUGUACCAACUCAGUGUACAAGUUUAAUCUACUAUUUACAUUAUAUUUGCACUGACUCAAUAAUAGACUAAAGAAAAUAAAUUACAAUACAAGGGUGCCUGGAUGUUAAACUCAUUAAUUGUGUUUGUUAGUUGGUGCUUAGUACAAAUAUUGUAUAACACGGCCGAUGCGUAGGUUAAAAACUAUAAACUGUUAAUUAUUAUUAAAGCCUCUAGUAUUGAAAGUUGCCUUCAGUAUAGAGCGUGUAAUCCGAACUGACAAUAUGGAUAUACAUUUAAUAGUAAAAACAAGGAUUCGUUAAAAUUCUCUUUUGUGUAUAUCUACGUCAUUGUAGGUAGUUCGAAUUGCACAAACUAUAAACUGAGGAAUAUAUUCGCAGUUUCUGGAAAUGUUUUGCCGAUUGUACAAAAGGCUACGUUGGAUUUGUAUUGCCAAGUGAUAUAAUACGCCAGCAAUAAAUAGAUAUAACACUGACCACUGAUAACACCAAUUUAGGGAGAUUUAACUUCGAAUAUGCUAUUUAGAGUAUUCAAUGUUGACGUCAAUGUUAUAUAGCUACUUCUAUGUAAAGAGAUGUUUUGCUGUAAGUGGCAAAUUUAGGAGAGGUAGUUGCAUUUUGAUGUGGAAAAAUAAAAAAUAAAUGUUACGUGUCUAUGCGCAUACUGUGAUGAUUUAUGGUUUUAUUCUGACUUGAUUUCAUAUUAAUUUUAGUUUUGGUCUUAGAUUUAUCAUGAAAAAUUGGACCACGUAACCUCAGUACAGGACAAGUUACUAGUAAAUCAUUACUUUAUGCCAAAUUGACACAGUGGCGGGCCACAGUUUUGAACUUUACUAGUUUUACAUAAACGCGAUUUUACUUAGUUCUACGAGAUAAACGAAUUCAUUGCUUAACUCUUGUAGAUUUGGAAUAAUCGCCAACCGACAUUUUAAAGCCACCGGAACUUCUGGGAAAACGUAAACUCGCCAAAGUUUCCAAGAUUUCUAUUGGUAAUUGAUUUGGUUUCCUAAAAAUCCACUGGCUCUAAGAUCUUGGUCUGUCUGUUAUCUAGUAUUAUUAUAAGUUUUCUCUUUCUUCUAUUCGAUUGAAAGAGAAUAGGUAUAGAUCCCCAUUACUUGGCUAGUUUGACUGUACUUACCUAUUUUACUUUUAAAUAGAAACACCUUUUGCACAAACUUCACGUUGUUUUGACAAAUCAUUUUUACUAACGCCUUUUGAACUACAUGUUUGCUUUUUAAUAAUUUACAAUGGACGAGUAUAUGUUAAUUUUGACGAACUUAAAACUGUUUACAGACGCAAGUCUCAUUCCAAAGAUCUUUCGAGGAAUAUUGUAGGUAGUUCGUGCGUAUUAGUUGUAACGUUGUUUCGCUUUUGCAAGUUCUGUGAGGUGUGUUUUGUGAUAUCUAUAUUAUAUUAAUGUAAAUAUUUCAAUCCAGUUACUAUAUGCCAAUAAAUGAUGGUUUAUUCUUUUA